CAGACGAGAAAAUCGGUCAACAACGAAGUUGACAUUUCUCUGAUCAUGGCUGAUGUCGAAUUGUAUUUGACGGCCAACGUUGUCGGCAUUUUCACUGAGUGCCUGAACGAGACUACGCUGAGAUGGGCCUUCCUCGACCGUCGCUGGCGCAUCGAGUCCACCAUCAAAUUGGACUACGAGAAGAGUCAAGAAGAGCAGCUGAUACUGUCCAUCUUGCCCAAACACAUCGCCCACGACGUGGGCACCGACUUCAGGGAGGGAAUCCAGUUGAUGACAAGAUCCAAAAUGUCGCAGUCGUCCAGGAAACCGUUCGACAAGUUACACGUCGAGAUGAUCCGGAAGUCAGUGUCCUUUACGCCGAUAUCGUCAACUUUACUCUGUUGACUGCAGCUCUCUCGGCGUCCAGCCUCAUCUCCAUGCUCAACGAAUUUUUAGGCAAAUUCAACGAGG